GGCUGAACGAACGCACGCACGCAGCAGACAAGACCCGGACCUGCUUCCAGUACCAAAGGGAUUUGGGAUAAUAUCCUUCCGUAUCUUUGCCAUCCAAUUAUGCCAAGACUGAGCGGCGAAUCCUCUCUCCAAGAUUCCUCGUCUCCUUCCCUUCCGGUGACAAAGAUCCCCCUCCCGCCGCCGCCGCUCCCGCCAAUCUUGUCUCCCAACCCAUAAGUAGUGGCGGACUAAACAAGUCGAAUUUCCCUUCGCGGAGCAACCCAAGAUUUCUUCUUGCACAGCCUCGAUUUGGUUGCUUCUGCUCUGCUGCCCCCGAUUCCCAGAGAGAGGGAGAAAAAGAGGCAGUUGAUAGCUAGGGAUGGGGGUACCCAGCGACGAGGUGGUCCAAAUCCAGCACCCAGACGCCGCCGACGACCCGACCGUCGUCACCGUCAGCUGCUCCGACAAGACGGGCCUUGGAUGCGACCUCUGCCGGGUCGUCCUCCUAUUCGGCCUCAACAUCCUCAAGGGAGACAUGAGCACGGACGGGAGGUGGUGCUACAUCGUGCUGUGGGUGGUGCCGAGGCGGCGGGGGAGGGGGCCCAUGGCGUGGGACCUCCUCAAGGAGAGGCUCGUCGAGCUCUGCCCCGCUGCCGCGUCCUUCGGCUUCGACAGCUCCUACCUCGAACCAGAUGAUCUCGCCCCCGCCGCGCCACAGGUCUUCCUGCUCAAGUUCUGCUGCUUCGACAGGAUGGGCCUCUUGCAUGACGUGACACGUGUGUUGUGCGAGAUGGAACUCACAAUUAGAAGGGUGAAGGUCUCCACCACACCCGAUGGCAGAGUGAUGGAUCUUUUCUUCAUCACAGAUGCUAGGGAACUACUGCACACAAAGAACAGAAGGGAAGAAGCUUACGAAAGACUUCAGGGUGUGUUGGGUGACUCGGUGACAAGCUGUGAGAUUGAUUCUGCAACAGAAGACAUGUCUUGUUGCAUCCAAGCUUCCGCUUUGCUGUCGCCACAUGUCCUCGAACAGAUGUUUGACAUAGAUCUAAUAGAGGGGCAAUUGAGCCACUCAAGGUCCAACAGUUGCCUGUCGGUCACAAUGGACAAUUCCCUCAGCCCCGUACACACCCUUAUUCAGAUCCAGUGUGUUGACCAUAAGGGCCUCGUAUAUGACAUCAUGAGAACAUUAAAGGACUGCAGCAUCCAGAUUUCCUAUGGCCGAUUCUACGCGGGCCAGAAGGGCAGGUGCGAGUUAGAUCUGUUUGCGGUGCAAUCAGACGGGAAGAAGAUCCUCGAUCAGCAGAAACAGAGGACGCUGUGCUCUCGCCUAAGGAUGGAGCUCCUGUGCCCACUCCGCGUGGCACUAGUGGACCGUGGCCCUGACAUGGAGCUACUGGUGGCAAACCCGGUUGAAGUGUCCGGGAAGGGCAGACCACUGGUGUUCUAUGACAUAACCCUGGCUCUCAAAAAUCUUCACAAGCGGAUCUUCCUGGCCGAGAUUGGGAGGCAUGUGGUGGAUGACAGGGAGUGGGAGGUGUACCGGGUGCACCUGGGCGAGCACGAUCACGAGCUCUCGUGCUCGGCGCGGAGCAAGAUUGUUGAUGGCGUCAUGAACAUGCUGAUGGGUUGGGACUGAUUUCACAACCUGUACACUUCUUAACAUAAUGCAAAAUACCAGCGUUUUUGUGUGUAAAGCACCAUCGACUCAGUGUACAGAGAGAUGUCGAUGGCUGCUGCUGUAAUUAAGUUGUUUCUCACUGGCUAGUUAGGUCAGAUCAGGUCACGGACUUGAGUCUGAAACAGUAGUAGUGUAUUUGUGCCUAACUGAUAGACGACCACAGCAGGGCAAAUUAAGAAAGUGUUGCCAUUUA